AUGGCGGGCUGUAUGCCGGAGGAGGCCGCGCGCAUCGGCGAGGAGGAGAUACUAGCUGCAGACUUGGUCACAGAGGCACCAAGCAGUGCCAUCGGAUCAGAAAACGCGGGCCGUCUCACAGCAUUGGUGCAGAUUUGGAUGGCCGGCGGCCCCGACGUUCUGCGACAAAAGCUGCUGAUGGAAACUGCAGAGUUGGGAGACCGGACGAGCAUUGCAGAAAGCGGCGGCGGGGGCAAGAUCAACGUGACACUCGUUUCCCUGCCCAUGGAAGGCGACUUGGCCAACCCGAUCCGGGGCGUAGUGAGGUGCCGCCCAUGCAUGGGGUUGGGGGCUGAAACAUGCAUCAGCUUGGAUGGGGCCCGCUGCUCCAUCGAACGGCCAGGUGAUGGCAUCGGCCCCAAAUCCUUCGAGUUCACAGCUGUUUUCGACGGCACUGCCUCACAGCAGCAGAUGUACGAUGAUGUCGGGGCCGAGAUGGUUCAGCACGUUCUCGAAGGCUUCAGUGCGACCGUGAUGGCCUACGGACAGACCGGCUCAGGCAAGAGACAUUCGCUCUUCGGACCUAAGCCAGAGCCAGAUGCUACGUUCUCCGAGGAUGGCAAAUUAGGAUUAGUGCCUCGUGCCGCAAAGAAGCUGAUGCAGGCAGCCCAAAGCCGGGUCCGGGGAAUGCGCUGGCAGAUCGCUUGCUCUUAUGUGCAGAUUCGCAACGAGCAAAUCUUCGACUUGUUGUCGCCGCAGCUGCGGGAGUGCGGCGUGCAAGAUGUGCAGGGGAAGGCGGACAUCAAAGGUUGUGCCGAAGUGGAGGUGACGACCAAGGCUGAGUUCAAGUCUUUGUACACCUUGGCGCUUUCUCGGAGCUAUAUCGAACCUUCAAACAGAACAGACCUCAUCUUCAGGUUCAGGGUCCAGACCGUAGACUCUCUUGGAUGCGUCGUAUCGCGAAUAUUAACUUUCGUCAAAUGCAAAGGCUCAGAAAGACAAAGCAAGGCCGGGGCUGAAGGCAUGCGACUUCGGGAGGGGGUGCAAAUCGGAAUGUCAUUGUCUGCCCUGGGCAAUGUCAUCAGCUCUCUCGCUGACAGGCGCUGCCGUUUCAUUCCUUACAGGGACUCCAAGCUCACCCGCCUGCUGGAGGACUCGCUGGGUGGGCCGGCCAAGACGGUGUUCCUGGCCCACAUUUCUCCGGAGUCAUGCUGCUGCGAGGAGUCGCUGAGCACGUUGCGCUACGCGAACCGUGCAGCAACGAUUGGCAACAGGCCACUGGCCAUGAACUGUGAAAAGCACGAAAUCGCGUUGCUGCCGUUUCAAGAAUGGCUGGCUUCUGCCGAGCAAGGCCCCGGCCCCGAGAUCUCGCCUGCGCCGCAGCGCUGA